UCAGUCCUCCCCUCGACCACGCCUGGCCAUGCCCAAUUGCAUGCCAUUUGUAUGCUAUCUGAUUCGUCGCAACACCCAAGCAUUUAAUUUGUCACUUUCAGUAUUUGCUGACACUUAGAACGAGACGGAAAUCGAGGAAAUCAUGCGUUGCCAACUGCUGACAAUUUGUCUGUUUUUGAUAGUGCUGGAGAGCUCAGCGUGGCUGCCUGGCGAAGAGAGCACUCUUGAUAAGUGUCUCAAAAACUAUGGAGGAAUGAAUACAGCCUUGUUGGAGCGCUUGCAGCGUUAUACGCAAUGGUCAGAUAGCUAUGAGGAGGUGCCUUGCUUCACACAGUGCUAUCUCAACGAGAUGUUUGACAUCUAUAGCGACAUAGCUGGCUUCGAUGAGGAACGCACUAAACAACGGUUCGGCGAAGCUGUUUACAAUGCCUGCAGAGACCGCCUCCAGCCGAACCAGUUGGGUUACGGAGGGAAAGAGCAGAGCAGCUGUGAGCGCGCUUAUGCGGGCUUUCACUGCAUUGCCAGUUUGGAAAACGAUCCACUCAUAUUGAUUGACAAUUUGCCAAAUAUAACGGAUGCAGCCAAGUCCGCAAUGAAAGAGUGUCUGCAGAAAACGGAUCGCGUCUUAUGGGAUCGUUUUGGGGACUAUUCCCGGUUUCCCGUUACCGAGCCCAUACCCUGCUUUACCCAUUGUUUCAUAGGCAAACUGGAACUGUUCGAUAAGCACAAAAAUCGCUGGCGUUUGCCGGCAAUGAGACAAAUGCUGGGCGUUCCCGGCGUUGGCGCCAAAGUGUCUAGUUGUCCUCGUCGACGUGCCCGCAAUCCCUGUGCAGCGGCUUAUCAACAGUUCACCUGCUUUGUGUUGGCCGUCAAAUAAUAAGAUUAGCACGGAAUAUACAAGACAUACAUUUUUUGAUCGAAAACGAUUUGAAUUUAACUUCAAAAGAACAACAUCAAAUCACGUGAAGUUUUCAAAGUAAAAUGCCAUUUUAUAAUAAAGCAACUUGCCAACUUGAAUCCUCAA